GACGGAAUAUCGGUAGGUAGAAAGGGGAAAACUUUUGACCUCUUUUGAGGAGAAUAACAGCAACAACAGCAACGCACCCAACCCAGAUAUUUUACGCCUCAAUCGGCAGCCCCGAUUUUUUCUCUACCUUCAAUUAUCUUGUACGUAUCCACACGCUUUGGAAUUGUGGUGUGGCUUGUCGAAGACGUAUGAUUGGGGUAUUUGUUGAGGUGCCGGGACUGGUGGUGGUGUCUUUGAAGGUGCUGAGACGGUGGGGCUUUUGAUAGGGAGAAUAAUUUUGUUGGAUUUUUUGAGGUAUGCCAACUUCCUGGUCUGAUUCUGUCGAGAGAGCUCCUCCUACCGGCGGUGGUGUGGGGGGCACUUCCGGCGCCAGUAAAUCAGCAUAUGUCCCGCCGCAUCUUAGGAGUAGGCCGCCUUCAUCAGAUCUGCCCUCAGCUCCACCGUCCAAUGCUAGCCCUGGAUGGGGGAAUGGACCCCCUGGACAGUUCGGUCCGCAACAAGGUGGGAUUAGUUCUGUUGGUCCUAAAAAAGAUAGAAUUGGAGGAGGUUUUGUCCGAGGUGGCGGUUGGAAUAAUAAUAGAAGCAAUGGUUGGGGGGAUGUUAGGAGAGAAAGGGAGUCUAAUCCUUUUCAAGAAGAUGGAGACGGAGAGCCCGAUUUUGGGGAACAGGAAAAUACAGGGAUAAAUUUUGAUGCUUAUGAGGAUAUUCCAGUGGAGACUAGCGGCGCAAAUGUUCCUCCCCCGGUGAAUGUGUUUGCCGAUAUUGAUUUGGGAGAAGCUUUGAAUUUAAAUAUUAAGAGGUGCAAGUAUGUGAAGCCGACGCCUGUGCAGAGGUAUGCGAUACCUAUAUCUCUUGCCGGUAGGGAUUUGAUGGCGUGUGCGCAGACUGGUUCAGGAAAGACAGCUGCGUUUUGUUUCCCCAUUAUUAGUGGGAUCAUGAAAAAUGGCCAAUAUGGUCAGAGACCACGCAUGCCCCGCACAGUAUUUCCAUUGGCUCUCAUUCUUUCUCCUACCAGGGAGCUUUCAAUGCAAAUCCAUGAAGAAGGUAGGAAAUUUGCAUAUCAAACUGGUGUCAGGGUUGUUGUGGCUUAUGGUGGUGCCCCAAUCAAUCAACAGCUUCGAGAACUUGAAAGGGGUGUGGAUAUACUUGUUGCAACGCCUGGAAGGUUGGUGGAUUUGCUGGAAAGGGCAAGAGUUUCAUUGCAAAUGAUUAAGUAUCUGGCCUUGGAUGAAGCGGAUAGGAUGUUGGACAUGGGUUUUGAGCCUCAGAUUAGGAGAAUUGUACAACAGAUGGACAUGCCUUCCGCUGGUGUAAGGCAGACGUUGCUCUUUAGUGCCACUUUUCCAAAGGAGAUUCAGAGACUGGCUGCAGAUUUUCUAUCGAACUACGUGUUUCUGGCUGUUGGGAGAGUUGGUUCAAGUACAGAUUUGAUUGUGCAAAGAGUUGAAUAUGUUCUUGAGACCGAUAAAAGAAGCCAUUUGAUGGACCUCCUUUAUGCGCAGAGAGUGAAUGGUGUUCAGUCGAAGCAACCACUUACACUUGUUUUUGUUGAGACGAAAAAGGGCGCUGAUUCGCUUGAACACUGGCUUACGAUCAACGGCUUCCCUGCCACUUCCAUUCACGGAGACAGAACACAGCAGGAGCGAGAAUACGCAUUGAGAUCUUUCAAAAGCGGCCAAACCCCAAUCCUGGUUGCUACCGACGUGGCGGCGCGUGGUCUCGACAUACCCCACGUGGCACAUGUCGUCAACUUCGAUCUUCCUAAUGAUAUUGACGAUUAUGUCCACCGCAUCGGGCGCACAGGGCGCGCAGGUAAAACAGGGCUGGCAACUGCGUUCUUCAACGAAAACAACGCCUCAUUGGCGAGGCCAUUGGCCGAGCUGAUGCAAGAGUCGAACCAAGAAGUUCCGGCAUGGCUGGGGCGCUACGCAGUCCGAUCCUCUCAUGGGAAGAAUCGCCGUGGGGGAGGCGGGGGAAGAUUUGGGGGCCGCGAUUUCAGAAAAGAAUCCUUCAGCAGAGGCGGCGGAGUAGACUACUACAGCAGCAACACAUACGGCGGCAGCGGCGGCGGCGGCCCACCUCCUCCAUCGGCAUGGGACUAAAGGUGUAUGUAUAUAUAUAUAUAUGUGUGUGUGUGUGAAUCUGUGAGUCACUUUUGAAGCAAAAUGUAAAUAGAAAGAUAAUAUACUACAAUAGAUGAUGGUGAUGUGUUAAAAAAGCUUCUCCUUGGUGUUGGCUCAUAAGAUGCAACAUCCCCCGGGCUAUGCAACCAUUCUUUUGUACAGCUAUUAAUUAAUGUGUUUUUU